AUGGUCUACCACGAGAGGGAGGAGCAUGAGAGGACCUGUCCCGGCAAAGCCGGCGCCAUGCAGAAGCAGGGACGUGUCGUGAAGAUGGGCCCCUGCGGCGGCGGCGGCGUAGACGUCUGGGAGAUGGACGUGCGGGGCGUCGACCGUAUCGUGAAGGUCGUCCUCUGGCACUCCGGCGCGGUCGACGCCAUCUCAGUGCUAUACGAGCGGGACGGCCGGGAGGAGCAGACCAGGCACUGGGGAAAGCCCGAAGGACAGCGCUCAGAGGUUUGGUGGUGCGGCGAUGAAGCUCCCUUGGUUUAUGGUUGGCAUGUGCAGAUCUGCCUGGAGCCGGAUGAAUACCUCAUCGGCGUCAAAGGGAACCUUGGCAAUUUUGGUGGUUGCUUCCUCUUGGGAAGGCUUACUUUAAUCGGCAACCUGCGCACCUUUGGGCCAUAUGGAACGCGGGAAGGUCCGCCAUUCGAUCUUCCCGCAGCUGGCGGCAAGAUUGUUGGUUUCCAUGGCCGCUCCGGGGGCCUCCUCGACGCUCUGGGCACCUAUGUAAAGAUGGACGACUAG